AGUAAAAAAAAGCCCCAACCAUUUUGGAGUAUUAUAGGAAAUAGCGGCUCCUUGAGAGGCCGCCGCCGACGGCUGUCCAGCGAUGACAGCAGCAGCCUUUGGGCAGAGCAUUUGACCCCAACCAAAAAAGAACACAGCCGAAAAGCCAAACAGGACUCCCUACCAAGGAUUCCCCGAAACGCAAAACAAAAAUUUUUGUGGGCCGCACCGAUACGUCACCAAAUGUGGAAAAUGUUGGAUAUCAUGGAUAUGCCCUCCUCCGAUGCGGACAUCUUUAUGUUCGAAUGCGACGACUGUGCGGGGGGCAUGUUGCCCAUGCCGCUGGCACCGCCGCCACAGUUCCUUAUACCGCCGCCGCCGAGGCCGCCAGCGCUGGCCGAGUACACGGUGGUGCCGCAGGACUGCAACGACGAGCAGUUGGCCCAGCAGCAAUGGGACAGCGAUGUCUGCCAGGCAAUGCCGAUCUUGGAUGCCAGCCUGUACAGCAGUCAAUCGUUGGCCACUUCGGCCAUGAUUGCGGUCUUCUCGCUGCUGUUGGUCUUGAUUGUUCUCAUCUCGUCGCUAUUCGUUUGGAAAAACAAACGUAAAGUCCAGAAUCUCCUGCCCUGCAAGACACCCACCCGCGGUGGACCCCUCACCGGGGCCAUGCCUUUGGGCGGCGGCGGAACCCUGGGCUCGGCGCACCAUCAUCACCAUCAUCAUGGCCUGUACGAGGAUCCCGAUGCACAUUUGGGCCAUCAUCGGCCACUGGUGAUGCAUCGGCAUCAUCAUCAUCAUCAGCAUCACCAGCAGUUGCCCCAUCAUCAUCAUUAUCAGCAGCAUCAUUCAGAGCUGCUUCAAGGCAAAAGCAUUCACUAUCCCAGCGGCUAUCCCAUGACACGGUCCCCCCCCUUCCUCGUGAGCUCCUCGCCCGGACCCGAUCCGUAUCGCUCCAAUGACAAUGUGUACGAGGAGCUGGGGCCGGGACGCGUCGAUUCCGAUGGCGAAUCAGAGCCACCGCUACAUUCCGAUGAUGAUUUCGCCGAGGACGAGUUGUCGCUGCCAGGCGAAUGCAGUUUCCAGAAGGAGUCGCCAGCAGCAGGGGCAGGGGCAGGGCCCGUGGCGGCGGCCAACAACACAGCGGCUCCUGGGGCCACGCCCUAUCAUGAACGUGCUGGGGGCAGUGGGACACAGGGACUGCUGCAGCAGGCGCCCCAAGAGCGUCACAGUGUCCUGAGCAGUGGAUCGUCGACGGGCCAGGAUGCCUCCACGGCCACAGCCUCUUCGGGCUCCGGCUCGGGCAACAACAACAACAACAACAACGAGCUGCUGCUGGUGCGACGCACUCCCCGCACCCGACAGCCGCGCAGCAAUCCGGCAGCCCAGGAUCAGGAUCUGAAUAACAGCAGUUCGACGGCCGAAAUCGCCGACCUGGCACCCCUGUACGACAACCGCAGCAACCUGAUGUCCCUGGGCUACAUGGCCCGCUCGACGGCUCCCCAGUUCUACAACACGCUGGAGCACGAGGUGGAGCGCCGGAACCGCAUCAAUGCGCAGCUGAGCAAGGCCCCCGUGCCGCCGCUGUCGACCAUCUACAGGGAACGCAUACGGUAUCCGGCGGCCAACCAGCAGUAUCCCUCGAACAGUGCCAGUGGCCUGAUGGCGGCCACAAUGCGGGCGCGCACCCAGCCCCGGAUAGUGGAUCGCCGCUUGGCGGCGCAUCAGCACCAGCACCAUCGCAUCCAUGCGGCGCCGUUGCACCAGGAGCCCGCCUAUGGCUAUGCCGAGCCGAUGUACAAUGCCAACUAUUACUACGAGAGUGCGGCCAAUCAGCAGGCCAGGGCCGUGCCCUAUGCCACCUCCACCGGGGACUAUCGGCAUCCGUAUGGCGACUCGAGUUUUGGCUCCGAUUCGGGGUACAGUCACCACACGCCCGCCAGCUCCAUCGGCAGGCAGGACUACGAUCUGGCCGAGCCGCAGCUGCAGCAGCUCCAGCAGCCCAAGCAGCCCAGCAAACUGAGCUCCGCCUUGAGCUUUGGCUGGAACAGGGGCAGGGGCAAGGCCACGCCCAUGACGGUUGUGGCGGCCACAGCGACGGCCUCCAGCAGCAGCAGUGCCGAGGCCACGAGCCCCAACAACAACAGCAGCGCCUGCUCCACGGUCACAUCCCAGCUGGAAAAUAAUAAUCCCGCUGCAGCCAGUCUGUCGCCGGCGUAGAUCCUUUCAGUGUAAAUACAGGAAUACGUAGGGUAUUCCCCUGUACAGUUAGUCAUAGGCUUCCUAUAUCCCCCCACCCCCUGAUCUGCCCUGCGUGUACAUCGUCAAAGCAAUAGAUAAUAAAUUAAACAAAAGAAGAGAGCCCAAAGUUUCUUGAUAGGUUUAUUAUUAUACGGAAUGGACGGAUUGUACGGCCAUAAAACAAGUUUUCGCUCUGUUUCAAAAGCAAAACUUAUCGUCUCGAAAGCAAAGAACUUAUAGAUCCUAAGUGUUUUUCCAAUGUGAUUGCCAAAUUCUACAAUAUAUAUAUUUAAAAAAACAAAAACAACAACAGAACAAAACUAAAAACUACAAUUAAAAAUUAAUUUAUAAUGACUAUCAAAUAUC